AUGUAUAAUAUACAAAUAUUUGUGAGUGGAAUAUAUACACCAUUGGAUUUUCUCCCACAAAGUAAGAUAUUUCAUUGUGUGCCCAUCAGUGAAGUUAGAUGCCGUGUGAUAGGAAGUUGUAAAGUAGGCGACAAACGCGAGCUGCACAGAGGACUGGGUGCUGGGAUCUCGACCGAGGGGGUGUGGAUUCGGGCAAUUGGAAAAAAGUACACGCAACCGCGAUUUCGGAGCAACGGCAUGUUGUCGACAACAGGAUCGCAGAAGUCGAGCCUAUCAGGACAAGAUGCGUGGUCGGCAUUGAGCUUUUGCAACUUGUGUGAUGGUGCAUACGUGGGCCUCGUCCAGACUUCCCAGGACCAAAGACCCGUGGCACUCCCUCGAAUCGAGUAGCGGAAAACCAAUCUGCCAAAAGCAGAUAUCUAAGUUCCUUACACACUCGGCGGCCAAGGAGGAAAGUGAGGUGGUCUAGA